AUGCCUGGGCGCAGCGACAUGGAGCCGCCCGCCGCUUUCUCGGGCUUCCCGGCCCCGCCCUCGGUCGCGCCGUCGGGGCCGCCGCCGUCGCCGCUUGCCGGAGCCGAGCCCGGGCCGGAGCCCGAGGAGGCGGCCGCAGGCCGCGGGGAGCCGGAACCUGCGCCGGCGCCGGGCCCGGGCCGCCGCCGUCGGCGGCCCUUGCAGCGAGGGAAGCCGCCCUACUCGUACAUCGCGCUCAUCGCCAUGGCGCUGGCUCACGCCCCGGGCCGCCGCCUCACGCUGGCCGCCAUCUACCGUUUCAUCACCGAGCGCUUCGCCUUCUACCGCGACAGCCCGCGCAAGUGGCAGAACAGCAUCCGCCACAACCUCACGCUCAACGACUGCUUCGUCAAGGUGCCCCGCGAGCCGGGCAACCCGGGCAAGGGCAACUACUGGACGCUCGACCCGGCGGCCGCCGACAUGUUCGACAACGGCAGCUUCCUGCGGCGCCGCAAGCGCUUCAAGCGCGCCGAGAUGCCCGCGCUCCCUGCCGCGCCGCCCGCGCCCGCCGCCGGCCCGCCGCCCUUCCCCUACGCGCCCUACGCGCCCGGCCCCGCGCUGCUCGCGCCGCCUCCUCCCGCCGCUCCGGGCUCCACACCGCCCGCGCGCCUCUUCAGCGUCGACAGCCUGGUGAGCCUGCCGCCCGAGCUGGCGGGGCUGGGCGCCCCCGAGCCGCCCUGCUGCGCUGCGCCUGACGCCGCCUUCCCGCCCUGCGCGGCAGCCGCCUCCCCGCCUCUCUACUCGCCGCCGCCCGACCGCCUGGGGCUGCCCCCGACGCGUCCUGGCCCCGGACCGCUACCCGCCGAGCCGCUGCUGGCCUUGGCAGGGCCGGCGGCCGCGCUCGGCCCGCUCGGCCCGGGGGAGGCCUACCUGCGGCCGCCGGGCUACGCGCCGGGGCUGGAGCGCUACCUGUGA